AUGAGGGGCUGCCAUGCAGACUGCUUAGAGAGACCCCUUUCCCAGGGAUUCCGAACACUGGGCAAACUUAUUGCCAAAAAACCCUGGUAUUUUGUUAUUACUCCCUUAAUACUUUCUGUUGGAUUGGGAAUUGGGUUGUGUUUUCUGGAGCAGAGGCAAAUUAAUAAACUUGAAGAGUUAUUCACUCCAGGAGGAGGAAUUGCAAAGAGUCAAAGAGAAUUUAUCAGAAUAAAUUUUCCUACGAAUGACUCGGGGCAGUUUUCACCACAAAGACUUUACACACCGGGCACUUUUGCAUCUCUUAUAAUUGUAAGCGCAUCAGAUAAUAUCCUAAUCACAAGUGUCUUCAAGGAACUUCAAAAGCUUGAUAUGGCUGUGAAAAACUUGACCUCAAAGUCUGGAGUUAAUUUCAACCAACUGUGUGCCCAAGUCAAUGGCUCCACCUGUGUCUCAGCCAACCCAAUACUCAACCUAAUGCAAAAUAACACUAAAGAUGUCCUGUUGACUUACCCUCAGCUCCAGAAUGGUGCAUUUGUGGCACUGUACAUUGGUGGCGUAAUGCUGGAUCCAAACAAUGUUCUAUUGAAGGCCAAGGCCCUGCGAUUCCUGUAUUACCUGAGAGAGGACAAUGGUACAGUUCACCACACCAGCAUAGAAUGGCUUCAUUACUUUAUGAACUCCGUCUCUUACCUGAUAGACGAAUUGCAACUCAGAUUUGUAAAGGUUUACCACUCAACAUCUAUUUCUCUGCAAGCGGAAUUUGAAGGAAGUACAGACAAAGUGAUCCCAUUGUUUUCAAUCACCUAUGUUGUGACCAUCCUCUUCUCCAUUGUAUCUUGUGCCAGCUUGGACAACGUGAGAAAUAAAAUUUGGCUAACAACACUUGGUGUAAUAUCACCUGGAUUAGCCAUGAUGGCCAGCUUUGGGCUCCUCUUACUGUGUAAAGUACCUUUUGCAAGAACAGUCGCAUAUGCACCAUUUCUUAUACUCGGAGUUGGAGUAGACAACAUGUUCAUUAUAAUAUCUUGCUGGAAGCAAACUAAAUUGGCAAGUACCCUAGAAGAACGAAUGGCUGAUACCUAUCAAGAGGCAGCUGUGUCCAUCACCAUUACCACUCUCACCGAUGUGCUAGCAUUCUACAUUGGAAUAAUGACCCAUUUCCCAUCCGUUCAAUCAUUCUGUAUCUACACAGGGACUGCUCUGGUUUUCUGUUACAUCUACUGCAUAACAUUCUUUGGAGCUAUACUAGCUUUGAAUGGAAUCCAUGAAAAUAACAACCGACAUUGGUUAGUUUGCAUGAAAGUAAGUGACAAGAGGGAUAAUAAACGGAGCUGGUUGUACAAUGCAUGUUGUGUUGGAGGAGUCUUGGACUCCUCGCAGGAGAAAGAGACAGAGCAUCCUAUUACAAUCUUCUUUUAUAAAUACUAUGGUCCAUUCCUCACCAAGCCUUGGGCUAAGGUAUUGGUACUCAUUUUAUAUCUGCUAUACCUAUCUGCUAGCAUUUAUGGUUGUAUUCAGAUUAAAGAUGGAAUUGAUAUCCGAGAUUUGGCCAAAGCCAACUCUUCCUUAACUCACUUCUAUGAUACAGAAGCAUUAUAUUUUUCAGAGUAUGGCCCAAGGGUUAUGGUGGUUGUGACCAGUGAAGCGGAUUAUUGGGAAAUAAACACCCGGGAGGUCAUUGAAACCUGCAUGCAGAACUUAGAAAAGAGCUGCUAUAUAGCCAAGGAAUAUUCCACAUCUUGGAUGAGAGCCUAUAUAGAGAUGUCUAAGAGAGAAAAUAUGAACAUUAGCACUAAGGAAGAUUUCUUGAAAAACUUAGAUAAAAUGUUUGAAAAUGUUUCUGGUUUCGAACAGGAUAUCAGAAUAGAAGGAAAUGAAAUUAAGGCCUCCAGAUUUUUUAUCCAGGCUGUCAAUGUAAUCAAUAUUGACAAUGCCAAAGAUAUGUUAACCCAUUUACGGGACAUCACUAAUAAUUGCAGUUUUAAUAUAAUUGUUUAUCACCCAUUAUUCAUUUACCUGGAUCAAUACAUUGUAAUAAUUCAAAACACAAUCCAGAAUAUCAUAGUCGCUACUGUUGUCAUGCUUGUAAUUUCAGUUUUGUUUAUUCCAGAUCCCUUGUGCGCCUUAUGGGUGACAUUUGAUAUUGCAUCAAUCAUUGCUGGUGUCACAGGGUUUAUGGCUUUUUGGAAAGUUAACCUAGAUUCCAUAUCAAUGAUCAAUUUGGUCAUUUGCAUUGGGUUUUCUGUCGAUUUUUCAGCACAUAUUGUGUAUGCAUGUGUCUCUAAUCGAAAGGGGAAUGUCAAUGAGAGGAUGAUUAAUGCACUGCGCGUUCUUGGUUACCCCAUAGUACAAGGAGUUCUCUCCACAAUCCUAGGGAUUGCAGCCCUUUCUAGUGCAGAAAGUUAUAUUUUUAGAACCUUUUUUAAAAUCAUGUUACUCGUCCUUGCAUUCGGUGCCCUUCAUGGCCUGCUAUUCAUCCCUGUGUUCCUGAUAGCAGUUGGUGAUUGCCAAAAGCAGUGUAGUGAUGACGUACAUAAUGAAAAGCAUGGGGACAAAAACGCAAAUGAUUUCCCCCCUGCAUUGAUAUACAGAGCGCACCCACUGACUUUUGAAAGCCACGAAAGGAAGGCUGAAUUCAGUCUGCCAGGCUACACCAGUACUGUGCCAGCUGUACAGGACUGUAAAAACCUGAGCAACAAAAGCUAUUGUACGAGUUGGCAAGGAAACAUUUACUCUGUAAUUCAUUUACAGGAUAGACAGAUAGACAAAGACAAUGCUAAAAGAAUGGUGGAAUACAGAAAUAAAAUGCUGCAAGUUUACCUGGAGCACAAAAAUGAUUAGGACUAGCAUAUGGAAGCCCUGGGCCAUAUACUAUACCUCAGACACUUUUGACUCAAGAGUUCUCAUGUCAUGGUAUUGAUACCCUUUCAUGGAUAAUAGCGAAAUAAAAUAAGUGAAAUCCACCUUCGGAACACCACCAUUACCCUCUCCCUUCCCUCCAUUAGUUCUCAUUUCCAUUUAUUAGUAAUUGUCUUUAUUUAUGUUUAGUUAUAUCUGUAUAAUACUACAAC